AUGCCACCAAACUUAUCGGACUCCCUCCUGCCUGAUAAAAGUCCUCGUAAGCUGGAGAAGGCCGGAUCUCUGGAGUCGUGUGCUUCCUCCACCGAGCACUGCAGCUGUGAUGAAGCUAGCUACGGUAUAGGAGACGCGGUGUUCUCGUGCUUCGUGGUGGCUCCCCACGUGGUGAGCGUGUGGCGAGGCACUUGGGGCCUCAUGGAGCUCAAGCCUCAACUGUUCCCUUUCGCGCAGAUAUUCCUGCUGGGGAUCGUUAUACAUAUCUGUUUUGCUGUAGUCAGAACAAGACUGCUAUCCCGGUCAGCGGGUGCCUGGAGCAACCCGGACGGGGGCCCGGUAUCGUACGCCCGAGAGCGCGUGAUCUCUCGAGUCUACACCUACAUAUUUAUUCUAAGCAAUAUUAUGCAUUGGCGCGGCGGCUGGGGAUUGCUCGAUAUGUGCGUCGAUGCUGUGUUACCUGAUGUUGAAGAUCCUCAUAGGCCCAUAUUGAUAGCAGGCAUCACGUUAUUCUGCUACUUAUCCAUCACGGGCCUGAGAGCCUCUCGCAACCUGCUCGCGUCGCCAUACUUCCUAGUCACCGAUGGAAAGGAGCCCACCUAUAUAUUUACUACUAGGUUUAAUAUUUCUAACAGCCGAGAGACGAUGCUCUACAUCCUGGACUGCAUAUUCUCCGUGACGGUGGUGGGGUCGCUCGUGGUCUUCGUGUGGAGAGGAUCCUGGGCCCUGCUGGAUAUCUUCCUCUUUCCUGACGAUAAGAGCAAAUCGUGUUGGACUUCAUUGAUAGCGGGUUACGUAGUGGUUAUAGUGACCUUCGCACUGCAAGCUCCAGUGCGCUGGUCUGCGGCCCGGCUGCACGGGGCGCCGCGGCUGCUGCUGGCUGAUGUCUACCAUCUGGUGUCUUUCGUCGCUACUGUCAACGUGUGGCGGGGUGUAUGGGGACUGCUGGAUAUUUACUUCUUUCCUGAAACACCAAAACUCAGCAACUGGUGUUCCCACAUCGUCAGCUUAACACUUCUCAUACUCCUCAACUGCUCCAACUCAGUCAUCGUGCGAGGAGUAUACAUCGAUGCAGAGGAACCAGCGGGAGAGUGCGUCGUCUUCCCUUGCCACUAUCUAAGGCUCUUCUUCCAUAAAGAACGAACCAAGAAGAGACACAGAAGGGCCUUACAAGCUGCAGCUGCUGCAGCGGCUGGCAGGAAACCAGAAGACGCCAGCCUUCCUCUACAAAUGCCAGAAGAGAAAGUUUAGCCUCUUUUAAGUGAAAGAAUGUUCCAGAAUAAGUUUGAAGUUGGAACUUUUGUUGUACGAUUAGAAUUUCCCAGUGAAGCAGUGUUAGUUUCUGAAGUGAUUGAAGAUUAAUGGGAACGAUUUGGUAGGAAUAUAAUGGUACAAAUUGAAAUUAAUUGUUAACCUUUUGUGGACAUAGUGUGAGAACUUCAUCAUGAUAUUUCUUACUGAUCUAAGCUAUCGAAAAAUUAUUGUUUUUUUUUUUCUAAACGGUUGUUUUAAAGAUGAUAUGGAACAAACGAUGCCUUAUUAGUAAAGAUAUAUAGAAAAAGUAAUUUCGAAAUUAAAAUCGAGAAUAAGUAGAUUUAGAAAAAAAAUGUGUAUAGUGCUAUCGUGUUGAUCGAAAAAUUAUGUGCUUUAUAAAUAUUGUACAAAUUAUGUUGUUAUAUUUUGUUAAAAUAAUGCAAUUUUUGAAUCGAUGUCUACAAUAAGCUUUACAUUAGUGUGCACUCUUAAUAUUGAAGGUGGUAUCUUAUAUCUUUGUUUGUAAAGAUCUGUGUGCACAUACUCUUAAACAAAACUACCUCUAUCUUCAUCAUGAUUUAAGACUCUCCUAAUAUCUUGUACUAUUUUAUCCAUUUCCUCGUUUUCAAAAUAUAUGAUCACUUCCAGUUUUAAUUCCAUCUGUUACCAAAGUUUCAUUAUAUUUUUUCCAGAAUAUGUUGUAAAUCUGAACAAUUGUUACCCUUACCUUUAGCUUAAAUUAUAAUAAGUAUUCGUUCUAAGUCAAACUAUUAAAGUCUUUACUAGUUUGUAGAAGCAAAUAUGUAAAUAUGGUACAAUAAUGUUGUAAGCACUAAGUUAUUAUAAGUUCUGUUGAGAUACAUAAUAAACGUAUUGCUAUUA